GUGUUCCUGUCCGCCUUCCGCGCCGAGCCGGACCUCUGCACGAGCGUGGCCUCCGACAUCCUCCGCUUCAAGGAGGUUGACCCGGCGGCGCGAGGCGGGCAGGGGCUGCUCGGCGUGUACCUCUUCUACAAGGGCGUGCACGCGCUGGCCUGCGCGCGCGUCGCCGGCCACUACUGGAGGAGGCGGGGCGAGGCGGGAAAGCUGAUCGCGAGGCUGCUCCAGAGCGAGGGGUCGGACAUCGCAGCCAGACACGCCCAGCCCCGCACCGCAGGAAUCACAAUCGACCACGCGACCGGCGUCGUGAUCGGCGAGACGAGCGUGGUCGGCGACAACGUCUACCUAAUGCACGACGUGACGCUCGGCGCGACGGGCACCGGCAACGCGCACGACCGACACCCAAAGAUCGGCGCGGGCGCCUUCCUCGGCGCAAAGUCGACCGUCCUCGGCAACAUCCACGUCGGCGAGGGCGCGACUAUCGCGGCGUCCGCCCUCGUGAACAAGCCCGUGCCUCCGGGCUACACGGCGGUGGGUGUGCCGGCGCGGCUCCUG